AUGUCCUACACUCCCGCCUCCACUGCUGAUCCUACCCUAAUAAUUAAUCGACCGCGUCCUCCAACUUGGGUUUUCCUCCCUCCAUCUACAUCUCCAUCUCCAACUCCAAACCAGGAAUCGUCCUCCUCCUCAAUCUCUUCAACCAAACUCGCAUCCGAUAACCUCCCCCCUUACCCCCCACCACCUACUCGCCCGCCACCACUCACACCACUCACAGCACCCCCUCUAAUCCACAUUCACCCUCCCUCCCUCUCUCCCUCAAAAACGAAUCAAGAAUCUCACGAGUACGACCAAACAUCCCCCGUCAACAUCAACACCUCCCUACUCGCCUCUCACUCCCUCUCCCACUCUCACUCCAACUACAACUCGAACUCUCACUCCACCUCCCACUCCCGCCCCAAAAACAAAGAAAAAGUACCUAUACCCCCAUUCAGCAAAGCACUUUUUUCCAAUUAUCCACAAUCGCAAUCGCAUUCGCAAUCUAAUUCUCCAUCAAUACCAACACCAACACCCAGCUUUUCCAUUUCGCCCUCGGAAUCUUCUUCUCCAUCUCCAUCUCCAUCAAUAUCUCCAUCAUUAUCCUCCUCCUCCUCCUGUUUAACCCCCCAGCCACCAAUCUACCACCCAAUCUCUCACCUGCACCUCCCCUAUCCUUCUCGGAACCGACCUCGACCUCCUAUCCCCUUAACGCGCAACAUAUCCGCGUCUGAAUUCUACUAUUCUUCUCGUCGCCAUUCUCAUUCCCAUCGCCAUACAACUUCAAAUUCAAAUGCAAAUCCUCAUCACCACCCCAUCCCCCAGUACCAAUAUCCAGAACCAGAACCCGAACUCGAAUCCGAAGAAGAUACCAACGACUGGGUUAUUAUUCCCCCGGAUAUCUAUUCGCUGUCUUCAUCUUCAUCAUCCAUGUCUCCAUUUCCUGCAUCACCUAUCUCAACAAACAGAAACACAACACCUCUCCCACCGCACCCUCACAACUUCAACUGCACCUCCAACCCCCCAUCCAAACCCACAGCCACACCCACAACAACCGAAGCCGAAGCCGAGCGCCUCCGACUCCACGGUCACGGUCACGGGAAGAACAUCAGUAGCAGUACCAGUACCAGUACACUGGGCUAUCUAUUUAGUUUUCUAAUGUCAACUAAAGGAUAUACCUCUACCCCUGCCCCUACCAGCAGCGCACAGCGUACCUUGUGA